UCCCCAGGAUUCUCUCCCCCACCAGCAGCGAUGAGCCCAAACGCGAGGCGGAGCAGACUUGAGAGGGACUACAUCGAGGUCAUGCGGAGGAGGGGCCAGAGUCGGUCACCGUAGCAUCUCUGCUGGCUUUACAUGUGGGGGUUGAGGGGAGACUGCAAAAAUGAAUCUCCUAAACAUGGACGCGGAGAACCGCGUGGUUCUCAACGUGGGGGGGAUCCGGCACGAGACCUACAAGGCCACCCUGAAGAAGAUCCCCGCCACGCGCCUCUCGCGCUUGACCGAGGCGCUGGCCAACUACGACCCCGUGCUCAACGAGUACUUCUUCGACCGGCACCCCGGGGUCUUCGCGCAGGUCCUCAACUAUUACAGGACCGGCAAGCUCCACUACCCCACAGACGUCUGCGGGCCUCUCUUUGAGGAGGAGCUGGAGUUCUGGGGGCUGGACGCCAACCAGGUGGAGCCUUGCUGCUGGAUGACCUACACACAGCACCGAGACACCCAAGAGACCCUGGCAGUCCUGGACCGGCUGGACCUGGACACGGAGAAGCCGUCGGACGAGGAGGUGGCGCGCAAGUUCGGCUUCGAGGAGGACUAUUACAACGGCACCGUCUCCUGGUGGCAGCAGCUCAAGCCGCAGAUGUGGUCGCUGUUCGAUGAGCCGUAUAGCUCUAAUGCUGCUAAGAUAAUCGGGGUGAUAUCAGUGUUUUUCAUAUGCGUCUCCAUCAUAUCGUUUUGCCUGAAAACGCAUCCAGACAUGAGAGUGCCAGUGAUUAGAAACUAUACAGUGACAACCGCCAACCAAACCCAGAGCUGGGCUCUGGACAAAGUGCAGACGAACGCGCACGUCGCCUUCUUCUACAUCGAGUGUGUUUGCAACGCGUGGUUCACUUUAGAAAUCCUAGUCAGGUUCAUAUCUUCACCCAAUAAGUGCGAGUUCGUCAAGUCAUCUGUCAACAUCAUCGACUACAUUGCAACGAUGAGUUUUUACAUCGACUUGAUCCUCCAGAAGUACGCGUCUCACGUCGAGAACGCUGACAUCCUGGAGUUCUUCUCCAUCAUCAGAAUCAUGAGACUAUUCAAGCUCACGAGGCAUUCCUCGGGGCUCAAAAUUCUUAUCCAAACCUUCAGAGCGUCAGCAAAGGAGUUGACGCUUCUGGUGUUCUUCUUAGUGCUUGGGAUAGUGAUAUUCGCGAGUUUGGUGUACUACGCGGAGAGGAUACAGACGAAUCCGCACAAUGACUUCAACAGCAUCCCGCUGGGUCUGUGGUGGGCUCUGGUAACCAUGACCACGGUGGGGUAUGGUGACAUGGCGCCCAAGACUUACGUCGGCAUGUUUGUGGGUGCUUUAUGUGCCUUGGCUGGUGUACUCACGAUAGCCCUGCCCGUCCCAGUCAUAGUGUCGAACUUCGCUAUGUACUACUCCCACACGCAGGCGCGGGCCAAACUGCCCAAAAAGAGGCGGAGAGUCAUCAACGUGGAGCCCACCAGACCUCCUAUGCGUACUCCUGGAGUCCCAGGCGCCCCCGGCGGAGGUCCCAUGCCUCCAGGGAUGGGACCCCAGGCCGUGAACCGUAGAAUGAACGCCAUAAAGACUAACCACCCCAAGGACAUGAUGGGACCCAACAUGGUCGCAACCCUAAUGCCGGGGAUGGAUCUCUCAGUGACAACGCGUCUGACACCAAGUCCUAGAGACAUGAGUCCAGCUCUAGCCAUUGCUCUACCAAUGAUGAAAUCCGUCAACAUCGUCCCAGCUCAGUGCUUCGAUAACAUGGCUUUCCACGGAGAGAAAACAGAAGAUCGAGGCAGCGAGCACAGCAGCAAAACAUCGAGUCGCCACGAAUCGAUAACCAGCGACAACACCGUUCGAGUGAACAACUACAAAAACGAAAGGUACAUCGAUAAAAGUGACGAGAAAACUGACGCUCGGACUCCGCUCUUGAGAGAUCACAAAAUCGAAUCGUUGGACGAAACGAAGUUACGCGAUAACAAGAUAGAGAAACGGAAAUCAUCUGCUUCUACAUAACAAUCACUCAUCGUCAUUGUAAAUGCUACUGCUAAAUUAAACAAAACGAACGAGACCAAUAGUACUAAGGUUUCUUUACUAUAUCAUUGUCCUUUUCUUCUAGUGGUAAACAAUAUGAAAUAGAUAAGUUGGGAAAUUAUAUAGAAUUCGUACCCGACGUGCUUUGCAAAAUCGUUUACGCACAAACUGUUGGUGACAAACAAAGCGAAGUGAAGUCAAGGAGUUAUUAAAUGCUCUAUUAUACAACACCUACCUUUAAGUGACCUUUUGUGGCUGUAGCUUUAUUUUCCAAAUCUUCUUUAGUUACUUCUUUAGACAUUUUUGUUGAAGUUAAUAAAUAAUUGAUUUCAAAAACCUCGCACACACAAAGACACGUUGGUACAAUUUCUAUACAAUUCCUUUCUGUCUACUUUCGCUAUGUGAGAUAAAUAUAAGAUUGAAAAAUAACGAAAUUAUUUGCGUCAAGUUUAUGUUCUGCACGUCAUAACGAUGACGUUUUACUGCGUAGUCUUAAUCUAGAACAAUUUGAGAUAUACUGAAACUAAAGUGAGAUAAUGUAUUUGCUUAUGUAAGUGAUUGUUUAAGUGUUUUGAAUUUUGAUGGCUGAUGUCGACUGCUAUAACACUGUUUACAUGUAUCAGGUUUUUCCAAAUUUCAAAAAGAUUUUGCUACAAGUGCACUUAAGUACCUACCUAU